CACUUGUUUAAUUAUUGCAUCUUUUUUCCCGUAAUCUUCCAAUUAUAUAAAUCUAUCAAUCUCCAUCAACUUUACUUCAACUCCACUCUCUUUUCCCUACCUUUCAAUUCCAUCAUGUCUUCUAAUUCAUGCACAAACUCUUCUUCAAUCAAUGGAUUCUAUACCUUCCUUACUCAAGGACUAAAUGUUCUUCACCAAUCCUUGAUCCUCUCACAUAACUUCAUGUCUAUCCAAUUCAUUUCUGAGGUGCUUUCAUCUCUACAAUCCUUUCAUUCUCAGUUAACACUUUUGGUACAAAACCUUUGUUUACCAAUUGGAGGGAAAUGGUUGGAUGAAUACAUGGAUGAAAGCUCAAGGCUUUGGGAUAUUUGUCAUGUACUUAAAUCUUCCAUUUCUGGAAUUGAGAACUAUUCUUCAGCUGGCUCUAAUAUUGCUACCUCGUUGGAUGUAUUCCAUCAUUUGACUCCAGAGGUUUCACAUCAGGUUAUUAGAGCAAUGAACAUUUGUCAAAGGGAGAUUAUAGGAAUGGAAGAAGAAAAUAAAAGCAUGAUGGAAACAAGAAUUCAAGCAUUGUCUCAAAGUCUAAACCAGAACAUGUCUUUGGAAUCAAAUUUAAACGAAUACAACAGCUUUCGAGGUGUUCUUUACGCGAUGAGAAGAGUUAGUUCAUUACUACUAAUGAUUUUGUUAAGUGGUGUUGCAUAUUGUUGGUCGUCAUCAUGUUUUGAUCAUCAAGGUUAUGAGGGGAACUUGGUUUUUGGUUCAAGUUUUAUGGUUUCAAUGGCAAGAUUGCAGCAUAAAGUUGGAAAGGAGAUAGAUAGGAUUAAUGUGCAGCCAGGGGUUUUGCUCUUUGAAUUUCAACAAGCAAAGGUUGCUAUGGAGGAAUUGAAGGUGGAGUUGGAGAGAAUAGUAGUUUAUGACGCAGAGUUUGAGAUUCAAGCAAAAGUUGAUAAGUUAAAAAGUUGCUUUGGAUUGUUGAAAUGUGGUGUUGAGAAUCUAAUAGGGAAAGUUGAUGAUUUCUUUGAUGAAAUUGUUGAAGGAAGGAAGAAGCUUUUGGACAUGUGCAGUCAUAAGUAGUGUUGUUAUAAUUCGUUGUGAAAACCACAUCAAUAACAAACUUGAUGUGUGGAGCAAGUGAUAAUCAAGCAACCAAAACAAAGUGUAUGGAACAAUUAUAAACAAAAGCCAAAAGUAGAAAACAACGAGAGAAAGAAAAAAAGACA